UCGAGGACUUCUACCGCAAGGAGAUCGAGGUGGACUCGUCGCCCUCCGUGCUGGAGAUCCUGGACACGGCCGGCACCGAGCAGUUCGCCUCCAUGCGCGACCUCUACAUCAAGAACGGGCAGGGCUUCAUCCUCGUCUACAGCCUCGUCAACCAGCAGAGCUUCCAGGACAUCAAGCCAAUGAGGGACCAGAUUGUCCGAGUGAAGAGAUAUGAAAAAGUUCCUCUCAUCCUAGUGGGGAAUAAAGUGGAUCUGGAGUCGGAGAGGGAGGUCUUGUCUGCAGAAGGCAGAGCUUUGGCUCAGGAAUGGGGCUGUCCGUUCAUGGAGACAUCAGCCAAGAGUAAAACCAUGGUGGACGAACUGUUUGCUGAAAUCGUCAGGCAAAUGAACUAUGCGUCGCUGCCUGAGAAACAAGAUCAGUGUUGUACAACUUGCAUCGUCCAGUGAGAAAAAUAAAGAAAAACCUCAAUCAUGGCCAUACAGAGCAGAUAAAACUCAGAGGAAACUUGCACAGAUGCUGCUUUGGAGAACUCUUUCAGCCCAGGUUGCAGAGCUGAGCCUUGGUAAACCUGUCUCUAUUACAGCACGUUGCCAUACAUCUAAGUGCGUAAGGUCCGUGGCCUUCAAGAUCCAUGGACCUUAAACAGGAAAGCUUAGCAUGUUUACCAUAUGUUAAAAUCUGUUCUUUACCUAUCGAUCCUUUUAUAGCUUUCUGAGUUCAUGUAACGGCUAAUAUGCAAGAAUUCAUUUUUAAUAGUUUAAUUGAUUUCUUUAAUCAAUUUCUGAACUUGUAUUUAUUAAAUACUUAAACUCAGUAUUACCUACUCAAUGCCUUUUUAAAAGAAAGUUUUAAUGGAGCAAAAAUUGAGCCUUAAGCAAAUGGUUACUUCUGUAUAUUACCUCGCAUCAGUGCUUAAUUCUGUUUGCAAAGUUUUCUCCUACAAUGUAGUUGGUCAUACUUUGAAACUUUUAUGUUUACGCGUGACAGUGUCAUGGGAAGAUACUGAAGGCACCUCUGAUGUUGUAUGGAUGUAAUAUCCCUUUUCUCAGCAAAUGCAGCCUGUGUGUAGUGCAUCUGCAAUUGGCCUGAUGUGACUCUUUGAUUAUUUGGAACAGGCUGUAAAGUCCAAACUAUGUGUUCUUUGCAGUCCUGGGUUUCCAAAUUACUUUGAUUCAUGGCAAUUAUCGUGUUGAAAUGCAGCAGUGAAGUUUUCCCUACAGCAAAGUUUCUAAACAUGCUAGUUCAUGUGACCUGCUUCAGCGCGCCUUUGAAAAGGGAUAGUGUAUCCGUAUCCUCCAGGAUGGGCUGUAUGCCCGACCAGGGUUAGCUCUGCUUUUGCCUGGCACGUUCAGUGACAUCCAGUGGACCUCUGCACAUGUAAAUCUAAUGCAAAUAAAAUCACUUUACAUUUUAUAGUUCCAAAUAUUUGUCUUUCUGAAUACUAUUUUAAAGCAAUAUUGGUUAAACUUUUUCUUGCACUGUCACAUGGCUUUUUUUUUUAGUUGUUCCCAGUAAACAAGUUAACAUUGGAGACAAGUCAGUAUAGCAAGGGGAGAAGAGCACCAGGUUUCAGUGAUACUAACUGCAGGUGUGCUUUAAACAGCCAUUGCCUUCCAUAUUGUUUACCUGAUCAACAUAUUUUGUCUGAAUACUUGAAAAUGUUAACAGUAACACAGGUAUAAAAAGCAGAAUGAAAAUGUAUAAAGAACAGACCGAACCUUUUCGUUGAGUUUUAUUAAUACGGACGUUGCGUACGUGAGAGCUUUUACUAGCAAUGGUUUAAAAUGUGUACUUUUUUUGCAGACGUUGAAUACCUGCAGCUCACCUACUGCACCAAAGUUCUAGGUUUUUAGGAGCCCACCUUUAGUCAUUUGAACAUGCUUCUAAUUGCUGUACAUUUUUUCCCUGUACCAGCUGGGUAACUUUGACCAGAAAAGCUCCAGUAAAAGCAGUGAUCGAUUUCUGAGGUUAAGCAUUUUUAAACUCGAUGUAUUGUGGAGGAUGGCAUUCCAACGCAACUACGAAUGAGAUUACCAGUUUAGUAUCUUGGGAUUCAUAUGGUUUAUUGAAUAAUAUAAUGGAGAUUCCUGAGACUUGCAGUAUUUAGCAGCAAUCAAGAUUUUGAUUAUCUUCAUAGUGUUGAAUUUGAAUCCGGAAAACUCGAGAUGUUAUCUUAGAUAUCAAAACAUCUGAUUUACUGUGGGGUUACUUGAAAUAUUUUUUCCCUGUUUGUACAAACUUCAUAAAACAGGCUGAGGCCAAUACUUAUUUAGGUUUGCACUUUAAUACCAGAAUUAAACCAAACCCUGUAUUCAGAGUAGAUUUAAGUGGUGAUGGUUGUUCUUUUAGUAGAUGUAAGAAGUACUAGGAAAUACAAGUAAUGAAGAUCUUAGUUUUCCUUUUGUCUGAGGGGGGGAGACGGUUGGGUUGAUAUUAAUUGGUGGUUCAUUCCUAUGGGUAGUUUUAACAAAGAAAAGUGUUCAUUUUCAUUGACCUCAGCAAAAAUGAAAAAAUAAUAAAAAAAAAAAGAAAAAAGAAAAAAAAAGAAACUUGAACUAGCUUAGAAAGCCAGGAAUGGGGAAAAUGAGAUAAAGAUGGUUUCUUCAGCACACUUUGAAUAAAAGGACCAAAAGUUAUGUUAGGUUUCCUCAAUAGAUUGCAUGUGAAGUUGCUUAUUAGAAUACGAGGCUAAUAAUAAAAGCAAUAUAUGUAUUGUCUUUACUAUGGCAUCUGUUUUAGGAGUUGUUCAAAUCACUGCAGUAGGGCUCUACAAACAACAUGUAACCGAACAUCCUGUAUCUAAUGUACUGUAUCUCUAUCAGUGAUAGGUGAAAUCUGGAAUAACAAGUGCAAAAAUUGAACAAUUACCUAUAAUGCUUUGUAAAAAGUUUUUUCCAAUAGAUUUCAUUCUUGUCAUUUUGUAAGACAACCCUACAGUCCACCUGUUUGUAACUUUUUAAAUAAAAUAGAUAUCUGUAUUACCAA